CUCUCGCUUUCUCUCUAUAAAUAUGCGCAGUAUCCUAUGUAUCGUUCCUCUGUUGAAGCAGUCGAAGUGAAAGAGGGUGCAUCGUGCAUAAUUGAUCUAGGGCUUAUUUGCUCUGCAAGUGGGUAAAUGGAAACGACUGCAACAGAAAAUUCACAGCCUCCAUCAUUUUCUUCUAAUGCCCCGGAUCCCCAAUCAGAAGAUCCUGAACAAAAUUUCUUAAAUCAUGGAGAUGAAGGAAAAAAGCAAGAGAUCACUGAUGAAGAAGUUAGAGAAAUACUGGAACUCAUUUCAACCACUGGAAAGUUUUGGCAUGACUGGGACACAUUGAAGAGCUUGCUAUCAUUUCAACUGAAGCAGGUCCUAUUUGAGUAUCCAGAAGCAAAGAUGGCCAAUGAUCAACAGAGUUCUUUAUUAGGAGAAACACAUGUGGAGUUGGUCAAAAGGUUGGAUGAAGUUCUUCUUAGCUUUGUAGAAGGUCCUCCAUUCACCCUUCAGAGGCUCUGUGAGAUUCUCCUUGCUGCACCGAGCAUAUAUCCGAACCUUUCAAAGCUUGCUCUUGCAUUAGAAAAGAAUUUGUCGGUGACGUCAACUCUAUCCAUGUCCACUGAUCCGUUCCCAUCAAUGAAACCAAAUCCAGGUGAACCUGCCAAUGGAAUAGAAGAUCUCCAAGAUCACUCCUACCCAAUCCAAAAUGGGGUAGAAGGUACUGCAGGUGAUGGAGAUGAAGAAAUGGCAGAGGCAGAGGCAGAGGUAGAGGCAGAGGCAGAGGAGGUUGAGGAAGGUAACAAAGACUCUAAUAUGGAGAAUACAGGUGAAGUUAUGGUUGGAACACAAGAAACAAGCUCUGAGGCAAGCACCAAUUCUGAGCCAUCCACUGAGUCCUCUCCUUCAAGCGAACAGCUCAAUUCUACUGGCUCAUAGACAAAUCUUUCUUUCUGAAAAUGAAUUAGCCCUUAUCUUUAUUUCUUAGAUUUGGGCUAUAUUAGCCAGGUGUGCUUUGACCAUGGUUACAUUUCAGUUGGAAUGAGCUGCUGUAGUACUCAUAGUGACAUUGUUCUGCGAAGGAUAAUUGUAUACUUAUGUUCUGCCUCAUGCUUUAUUUAAAGCUGUCACAAGAAUCACUUAGCCACUUUGGCUUUUGUUGCUCUGAGGAGAAAAUACGAACCUGAGGAGUCCUGAGAGACCUGAGGUUGGAGGAUGUUUUGGAAACUUUUUGGGACAAGUCUCUCAUGUUCAAUAUAACAACUUGAU